AUGUCUCGUCAGCGCCAUGUUCCCCAAAAGCUGCUUACUAAAGAUAUAAUAGCUCAUUGGUCUACUCAUGGACGUACGACAAUAUUCGACAAGGCCAGCCAUUUCUUUGUUAAUGACAAAACUGCCGAUCCUGCCUUGGCUUCAACUAGAAUGGCAUGCUUGCGCUCACUUCUCUAUGAAGCUAUUAUCUCAGUAAUACAAGAGCAACUUAGUCCGAUUCAAGUUGCCGAGUUUUGUUAUCUUUUGUACACUGAUGUUGCAAAACAUUCUCCAGGACUUUCCCGCGACUCCCCAUUCGGAUAUGUUGGUGCAUCUGACACUCACGAGCCACUGUGUAUUCCGUCAAUCCUAAUCGAUGUGAUAUCAAUGCUUGAUGUUUCUCCAGAUGUAAGACCCGGAAGCACGACUACCGAUCAUACUAAGUUGAUUGGUCAGCGACGAUCUCGUCUGGUCGACUUUACAAAACAAAUCAUUGCUCGUGACUUUAUUCCAGUGUCUAUUUUUAUUGAACGGCUUGAGAUUGAAUUCCUCGGAUUGAUUGGCAUCAUUGCAAAUGCAGCUGUUUUUGGUCGCAAAAUUAUUCGCAGUAAUACAGCACUAUUGUAUAAGCAAAACAAAUUCAAUCUUUUGCGCGAAGAGUCUGAAGGAUAUUCAAAACUAUUAAUUGAGCUGACUUGUGAUCUUCCUCAGCCGCUUGAUAUAUACUGGGCAGCAGAUAAGGGUAGAAAAUCACACUCUGAUUUGGCCAUUUUGCGAAACAAGCACAUAUGCGAAAGAACUCUCAUAGUUAUUCGAAAUAUUCAAAGUCUCAUUGGGUCAUUUGAUCUAGAUCCCAACAGAGUUUUGGACAUCAUACUUGAUGUUUUUAUUGCAAAUGUUUUGGACUAUUGGGAUUUUUUUAUCGAGCUGUUACUUCAAGGUCCAUGGAAACCACGAACGGUCAAACAAAAGGUCAAAAAACUAACUCGGGCUUCUGAUUCAUCAGAAAUCAUUGAAGAAGAAGUUGAAGUAGAGACACUGGUCGGACGCGAUAUGGUUGGACAGAUUCUGGGAUUUAAAUUCCAGUUUUAUAAUUCUUCAGAAGCAGCUCAACCUACUCCACAGCAGCUAGUUUGGGUUUCAGCCAUUUUGAUCAAGCAUAAAAUGGUACAGUUAUCCCAGCUAUACCCGCAUCUCAGCUCAGCAGACUCUACUAACGAAGCAGAUUUUGAAGAGUAUUGCAAUGAGUUGAAAGUAAAGUGCAGUACAGCAGGAAGAUAUGCGACCUCGUCACUCUCUGGCACGCUUGGCGAAGAUGGCACAGGAUUGUCUGCACCAAUAACUAGCAAAGAAACUAUUCAGGACAAACCUACAAAUUCCAGAUUACCUGAUCAAAAAAGUGCUUUAGCUGCCGCGCUUAUUGCAAUCGGUGACCUAACCUCGGCUCGUAAAAUUUUAGAUCGACUUCCACAUCUUGCAACCAUAUAUCUCGACAUUCCUGAAAAUAUGUGCCGAGUGCUGCAAGUCGUUGUAGAGGAUAUAGAUUGCAACUUGCGACCACUUCAUUCUUCCAGAAUUACUCGCAAGCAGGUACCUUCACUUGACAAAUUCCCACCUCCAGUAAACACUCUUUUACCAAAGCUCCAAUCUGUGUUUGAUACGGUUCAUGUUGGUCGAAAAAUGCAACCUCCGCGACAGCAGUUCUUUUAUCAGCUAUGGAAGGAUGGUAUUCCACGCGCCUUUGAUUAUCCUUCCGCAUUCCGUGUUAUCAAAACCCUAUUGGUGUAUGUCGGUCCCAAUCUUCAUUUAAACCAUACUUUGCUGUCCAAAAUUAUCCGUAUUGGUCGUGCUCAUAUUGAGCAUUCUAAAAUGAGCGAUGUGGUAAUGAAUGGAUGGCUGUCUGUUGUUUCCAAUCAUAUAUUUCCAGCACUCUCUCAAACUCAUUCAAAUCCUGGAUUGGCACAAGACGUGUGGUCGCUUGUGAAGCUUUGGCCAUACACCACCCGAUAUGCGCUAUAUGGCGAAUGGAAGCAUGUUACUUAUAAAAAGAUACCGGAGCUAGCAGUAGCCCAGGCAGGCUGCCAAAAGGAUUGUAGAUACAUCAUGGCACGUUUAUCUAAAGAAACCAUGAAGCAGUAUGGUAGGCAUAUUGCCAAGGUGGCCCACUCUAAUCCAGUGAUUGCGUUUUCUUAUAUCCUUAAACAGCUUGAGAGCUACGAUAAUAUGAUUCCUGUGGUUGUAGAUGCCUCUCGCUAUCUCACGGAUUUGGAAUUUGAUGUCAUGAGCUUUUGCUUGAUCGAAGCACUAUCUGAUCGUCGAAAGCAGCGAGUGGAGGAGAAUGGCACUUACAUUUCUCCUUGGUUAAAGGCUCUUUCGUCCUUUACCGGAAUGCUUUUACGCAGACAUGAAGUGGAUAUGACUGGCAUGCUGCAGUAUAUUGCUAAUCAACUUGCAUCCGACAACGUCUAUGAUUUGAUUGUUUUGCAAGAUAUCAUCAUUAGUAUGUCUGGUAUUAAACCUCUGGAUGAUGCAACCGAACAUCAACUGGAUGCUCUUGCUGGCGGAGAAACUGUCCGGCGAGAAGCGUUAAUUUUAGAAAGUCUUCGCCUUACUCGUAAACCGACAAGUCGGCUGGUUGACACGCUUGUUCAAUCCCAACUUGCUAUGCCUAUUGGUAUGCUGAUUGCUCGGCAGCGCAAGGAAAUUAUAUUUCGAACCAACACAGAUGAGCUCAAAAUCCUUGGUUGGCUCAACGACUACUGUCAAUGCAAAUUUUUGCUUUACUUUGACUUUUUAUCCUGCAAUCUAUCGAUUGAUGUAUAUUCCAAGGAUUUGGCAACUCUUGAUGAAAUGGUUGGCGAGUUUGGACUGGAUAUGGAAGUUGCAUUCCAUAUUCUUCGGCCUGUGUUAUCUCAUGUCUUGCGCUCAUGUAGUAUAAAGCUUGCAAAGCAGUCUUUGACCCAGACUUCAGCUUCUGAUGCUGAUUCUAACCAUGCACUGCUGGAUAAUACCCCAGCUCCUGGUCUUGAUGACAAAAUGGAUGUAGAUCCUCCCUCAAACAAAGUUGCUGCACAGUCUUUUUUGGAUAUCAACCACCAGUCGUUUACAGCCGCGUCAUCCUUAAAUGACAACGAGGUUCAUUCUAUGAAAACACUAGCAUCGCACCCAUUGCUAGCUCAACUUGCCACAUCAGUCUCUCGUCUUUUGCCUAGUUAUAAGUUUUCAGACAUGUCUCCGUCCUUUUAUGUUACGUUUUGGCAGCUGUCGCUUUAUGAUAUUUUUGUUCCUAUUCAAAGAUAUCAAGCUGAAAUUGCUCGCCAGCAACAGCAGAUUGCUUUACUUGAAGCCGAUCGCUCAGAUAUGUCUUCUGCUGCCGUAACCAAGAGAAAGCAGGAAAAAGAACGAAAGCUAUUGCUUCAACAGAAACUAACAAAAGAACUCAAGACUCAGCAGGAUAAUUACGACCAGACCCGAUCUCGAUUGAAUAUGGAGAAAAUGGAAUGGUUUGCGCAAAACAAUCGAAGAAGUGAGGCCAUUCAUGUCAUCCUUGAAAUGUGCCUCUAUCCGCGAGCUCUCUUGUCGCCCUCUGACGCCAUAUAUUGUGGAAAGUUUAUUUCAUUGAUACAUUCUCUAGGCACUAUGAAUUUAUCGACGGUUUCGCUCUAUGAUAAUGCAAGUAUUUAG